AGGAUAAUGUCCUCACCCGACCAAUGUGACGAUGACUUCUGGUUCACCAUGGACUCACCGUCAGCAGCGCCUAUGGAGGGCACUGAGGUCGCCUACGAGAACUUUCUGGAAAAACCAGAUGAAAAUGUUAGCUCGGCAUCCUUGUCAGCGGAAGGCAAUGCCAUGGGUUUUGAUGAUUUCAUUGACACGACGGAGCUGCCGCCGGUUCUGAAUACCCUCGAGGAGGACAGCACCCCCACUCCGGAAACGCAGGACCAAAUACAACAGGAGAAGAAGACUGUUCUGAAGCCCAAAGGCGUGCCGCUGAAGGAAUAUCCCUUUAUUUUGAAGCUCUACCUGGCCGCCAGCAGUGAUGCCAUCCCCAUGAUCAACUGGUCACCAAAUGGCCUCCAGCUGGUGAUUGACUAUCAGACUCUGCAGCACCACCUGACCGCCGGCAGUCAGAUCUUCCGCUCCCGUAGUGUUUUGCAAUUUACGGAAACGUUGAUGGCCGAGGGUUUUGUGAGGAUCCAUGAGGAGGAGAUGCACCCAUCCGGUUCAGAAGCACCCACCUUAAAACCCAUGUUGCUUUGCUACCGGCAACACCAGUUCGUCAGGGGUGACCUGGACAGCCUGCACAAGUUGAUGAAGGAAAACCUGCUCAUUAAGGAGGAUAGCCCGAUGGGUGCUCCGCAUGGCAAGAAAGAUGACGAAGCUGAUGACGAGGAGGCAGAGUUCCCUGUGCCGCUCCACUUGCCCUCGAAGAUGCACCUUAAGCGAAUGCAGCAUCGCGGCGACAAGUGCUGCUCCACCGUCUCCAUUCGCUCGCCCAUUCAGGAGGCCCGCUGCCGUUUCCGCACACUGCUGGAUCACCUGGCCGCCACCAAGGUCGUCCAGGCAAGCGCCAAAAUGUGGGAGAAAGCUUCAAUGAGGAAAGGCCGUCCCUGGGACUUUCCCACCUUUACCAGCUCCUCGAUCAAGUUUGUGAGACCCCAAGACUCUGUGAUCACCCUGGAUGCGAACAAGCCGCUGCCAGAAUACGCUGGCUACUAUGGCCGGGUGUCUCCCACCAAGGUCACCAAGUUCUUUUCCGAAUAUCUGCCGCGUUAUGGCAACAAGACCACUGGCUACAAGGACAUUGUCCUGGAGACUAGCACAAAGCCCAGCAAUUUCCAGCAGAAUCUACCCAUUGGUCUGGAUUAUUCGGAUAGCGAUGACAAUGAGCCUAACGAUAACCAGCCAGCCGUCUCCCCUCCUGGCCAGGACUGCGACUUGGACUUUAUGCCCUCCACAUCAGCAGCAGCAGCGGCAGCGGCAGCUAAGAAGUCUUUUGGACACAAAAAGAACGCAGAGCCAGUGGACGAUCAGGACCUGGAGGAGGCCAUGCAGGAGCUGUGUGGCGGAUCGGCAGCUCUUAAGGAGAAUGGCUCGUCGGGCAACCGUGGAAAGACCAAGGCCCAACCGCAGCCGAAAUCUCCGAAUGCCACAUCCCGUAAGCGACGCCCUAUAAGCUAUGAGUCCAGCUCCAGCGAGGAAGAGACUGUAGCCAGUCGGAAGGCAAAAAGAGCCAAGAAGGUAACUGUCAAGGGCACCUGGAAUAGGUUGGAAAAUACCCAAGAGGAAGCCAUUGAAGAUGAUCAAGAAGUUGUUCCUAAAGGACGAGGCCCGAAAAGCAAGGUCGCAAUUCCGAAAGCCACGACCCGAAAACGAUUUGCCAGCUCAAAUAAAGACGAGGCGACUCCCCCAAGGAAGAGACCACGGAAAGGUGACCAGGACAACAGGAAGCUAAAAAAUACACAAUUGGAAGGUCUAGAAGAGUUUCUUGUGAAGAAGAAAGGCGGGAAAGCUGAUCAGGAAAACGAGGGCGAUGAUGACGAAGAUAAUGAGAACGAAUCUGACUAUGAAAACGAGGAAGAGGAUGCCGAAGAAAAUCAGAACGACUAUAAUGAAGAAAACGAGGCAGAGUAUUUAAAUGAAAACGAGGAUGUCCUACAGGACGACUUAGAGAAUCCCCAAGAAGACGAGUACCUAGAAGAAGAUAUCGUCGAAGGAGGCGAGUAUCUAGAAAAUGAUAUCGGCGAAGAAGGCGAAUACCUUGAAGAACAUCUCGCCGAAGAAGAUGAGCAGUCAGAACACCAGUUUUCCGAAACAUUCGAGCGACCACAAGAGCUCAGUGAAGAAGAUGACCCAGAAGAACAGCACUUAGAAGGAGAAGGGCAUUCAGAAGGCGAAGUUCAUCCAGAAGAAGAAGGUCAUCCAGAAGGAGAAGGGCAUCUAGAGGAAGAAGUGCACCCAGAGGAAUACCACCGAGAAUACUACUCAGAAGAAGACGAGCGCCCCGAAGAGAAUAUGAAUGCAGACGAGAACCAGGAAGACGAAGUUUACGAGGACAUUGAAGAAGAUUUGGAGGCCGAAGACGGCGAGGACGCCGAAGACGACCAGAACGCCGAAGAAAACGAGGAGGUUGAAGAAAACGAGGAGGCUGAAGAAGAUUCAGACACCGAAGAAAACGAGGAGGCUAAAGAAAAUUCGGCUGCCAAAGAAAAAAAGAACAAAAAAGAAAAUUCGGACUCCGAAGAAGACGAGGACGACGAUGACGAUACCGACGACAAUGACGACGAUGAUGACGAUGAUGAUUAUAGCGUUCAGUACCGCACAACUGCAGUGCAACCGGAAAAGCCAAGACGCUAUGAUCUCCGCAACUCCAUGAGGAAGCCAAAGUAAAAUCAAUCCUUUUACUAUAAAAAUCAAUACAACAUU